CAAACGCGAAGAAUUGCACUGGAAAGUCAAUCAGCUGUGAGGCCAGGCAGCAACGUUCCAGCCUUUAGGGGAAGUAAACAAAGAGCAGAAACAGUUUCCAGGGUUUAAGCAACAUCCAGCCACUUCAGUUACUCUUUCAGACGAUGUCUUCGCGAAAAACUGUCAGCCGCAGAGGCACCACGAAGAAGAGGGCGCAGAGGGCCACUUCCAAUGUCUUUGCGAUGUUUGAUCAGGCCCAAAUUGCCGAAUUCAAGGAGGCCUUCAACAUGAUUGAUCAGAACCAUGACGGUUUCGUGGACAAGGAGGAUUUGCAUGACAUGCUGGCGUCACUGGGUAAAGACCCCAAUGACGACUAUUUGGAUGGCAUGAUGAAUGAGGCUCCAGGCCCCAUCAACUUCACCAUGUUUCUUACACUGUUUGGUGAACGCCUUCAAGGCACUGACCCUGAGGACGUGAUCAAGAACGCAUUCGGCUGCUUUGAUGAAGACAACAUGGGACUGAUCAAUGAGGAGAGACUGCGGGAGCUGCUCACCAGCAUGGGGGACCGAUUCACUGACGAUGAAGUGGACGAGAUGUACCGAGAGGCCCCCAUUAAGAACGGGCUGUUUGACUAUGUGGAGUUUACUCGCAUUUUGAAGCAUGGGGCCAAGGAGAAGGACGAACAGUAAAUGAAUGGGAGCAACCUGAGGUGCAAAAAUUUGCCAUCCGCAUCUGCUAAAAUUCCACACUUUUUACUUUUUACCUAAACUUUAUUUGCUUAGAGUUGUAGCGAGUAUGUAUUUACAGUAGAACAUAGGGUUUUGCAUUUUGAAUAUAUAAGUUAGAGACUU